CAUCCCACGAGAAGCAGUUUGAGUGAACGACGGCUGUGCGUUCGGAGGCCCUCGUGUGAUCCUCGAUGCUGCCAACUGUGAUAUGGGUUCACCUGGCUUUAUGUCAUUUCGGGUGAAGAAAUCAUGCUUUUUCAGACUUCUCCUCGUGGUUGCUCUGGUGCAAACGUCGCGCGGAGACCUGUUCUCGUGGAUUUUCGGCGAGGACGAGAAAGUCCAGUCGAAGGCUGUCGUCUCCAAGCCAACAGCGUCUAAUUUGAAGGAUUUGCAGCCAUCUGCUGGCGACGAUGAGCUCGUGGAUCCGCCGUUCGAGGUGGUGGACGGGGAAGUGUUCACAUCAAUAUCUAAAAACGAUGACUUUCUUAAAAUGCUGCAGGAAUCUGCCCCUGGAUCCCUUUCAGAACUGGAUUUGUGCCAGCAUGAGGUAAUUUUGCGGUUGAAGACGUCAUGCCAAGAUCUGUCAGAAGAGGAGAUCUCAAAAUUGAGUGUUCAGCUAUUAAACUGCCAGUCUCGAAUUGAGGGCAGGGUUGAGUAUGCUUGCACCGAUAAAAUGACACUUCGAGAGUGUACAUCUGGGAUGGAUUCAACUGCCUGGAACUCUUACCACAUUAUGUCCAAUAGGGCUAGGGCUGUUUGCUACACUGCUCGUCAGUUCCAGUUCCAAGUGAAGACUCAGAAGAGUGUGAAUGAUCUCUUUUAUGCAGCCAAGAAUCAAAUCUCUUCACUAGAGAAUCUCCAUAAAGGGCAGGAGAAGCUUAAGGGUGUGACCCAGGAAGCUUUUGAGAAGGUAUCAGAAGGUCAACAAGAGUUCCUGCAACAGCAGGGGCAGAUUCAGAGUGCACAUCUUGCCAUCACAGCCCAUAUCUCUCAGAGCCUUCAGGGUCUCCGUCAGGAGAAGAUGCUCAUGGACCUCUUUCAACAUCAGCUCCUUGAUUUGGCUCAUGGCCUUCAGGCCAAACUCGAGAAUGCAGGUACCCAGUUGGCAUUGCGAGAUGGGGAGCAAGAAAAAAGUCAUCAUGAGCUCCUUUCCACAGUCCACAGCAUUCAGAUGCAGCUUCAGGAAGCAGCCCUCAGAUUCAGUUUCAUGAAUGAGGAGAUGCAAAAACAACAUCAGAAGGCUCUACUGGACUUGGAGAAGAUCAAUGGGACCAUGCAUUCCCUUGCUCUUGUCCUAGAAAAGGCUGAGAAACUGGAUCAUAUCUCUUCUAACAUUGGGUUCCAGCUGGAUUAUUUGGUUCAGACAGUUGGCUGCCUGGUGAUGCUGUUGAUUGGGGCUUCCCUCUUUGACAUUCCUAAACCACUCACCCUACUGCUUGCCCUAGGCAUCAUUGCCGAUGCUCCCAUUCAGUAUCGACAAAAUGUAAUUCCUCUGCUCGGAGCCGCUCUGUUUUUCUGGUGGCUUUCAACUUUGGUCAAGCACUUUCGAAAGGCUGAAGGAGAGAAGCAUGACAAGGUUCCUGGUGCUGUUCCUGAUAUACCUGAAAGAAGAAUACUUGCAAAUAGGGUUAUGAAUAUCUCAUCACCUGACUCCACUCCACCAUCUCCGCAAUCUAUUCCUCGUGCUUCUCAUGGGCCUUCCAGGCCUGUCAUCUCAGACAGCCUAAAUAUUCCUGGGCCUUCCAGAAAUGUAAUCUCCGAAAAUCUUCAUGUUCCUGGGCCAUCUCAGCCAGGGACAUCAAGUGAGAACAACCCCAUGCUCACACCAUCAAGACGUUCAUUGCCUGGCAUUGCUCCAAGAACUCCUGAUCUGACCUAUAUAUCAGGAGCCAAAGCUGACCUCCUGCAGAGGCUUCUUUCAGAUACAUCUAAGGGGCGCAGGAGUUCAACCCCAUCCAGCCGUGGCUCCAACAGGAGUCCUUGCUUGGGGACAUGUAGGAGUGGUGAGCCUUGCCGAAAUAGCGCCAUGCCUCCAAGUGACUUUUGUCGAGUUCACACCAACCAAGGAAGUGCUACAGUUUCAAUAGACUGAGCCUUGUUGAGUUUCCAUUUGAGGCUUGAAACUUUGUGCUGACUGUGAUAUGUUCCCUUUCCCCUUCCCUUCCCUUCCGGUAAACUAGAAGCUCGAUGGACAUGAGUGAUAAGUUGUACAAUGAAAGAUUAGUUGCAAAGACUGACUGUCUACAAUGAGACAAGCAAUAAGAAACAGAAGAC